AUGGCUUUCAGAGAUCCGAAACCCCUUAUAACCGAGCUUGAUCAUAUCGAGAUCGGAUGCGAGAAUCUAGAUGCAUCCGUCGACAGCGGUGUCGCGCUUCUGGAUCCAGAUGAAGAGCGCAGAAUUCUGUGGAAAAUUGACAGGCGCCUAGUGACUCUUACCGGCCUAGGAUACUGUGUUUGUCUUUUGGAUCGGGGCAACCUCUCCGCCGCUUCAAUCGCAGGCAUGACCACCGACCUGGGACUACAGGAUAAUAAUCGCUACAGCAUUAUCCUCCUGGUGUUUUUUAUCCCAUAUGUUCUUUUCCAGCCACCAAUGACUCUUCUCACUCGCAAAGUUGGCGCUAGAAUGUUUCUCUCCACUAUUUCCUUGUUGUGGGCUGGACUUCUAGUGGGAAUGGGAUUUGUGAAGAGAUGGGACGAGCUUGCGGGUUGCCGAGUCAUCCUGGGAGCCCUUGAAGCGGGAUAUUUCCCUGGUUGCGUUUAUCUGCUGACUUGCUGGUACUGUCGGUUCGAAAUCCAGAGGAGAGUGGCUGUAUUUUACCUCUUCGGAUGCCUUUCCUCCGCCGCUGGGGGCAUUCUCGCUUACGGACUCAUGCAGUUGGGCGGAACUGCCGGCCUUGGAGGCUGGCGUUGGAUCUUGAUCGUGGAGGGUCUGAUCACCGCAGUGAUUGCUAUUCUCAGCUACAUCUUUCUUGUGGACUUUCCAGAUUUAGCCUCGAGGUCGUGGAACUUCCUUACGGAGCGAGAGGCUGCGCAUGUGAUGUGGAGACUGCACAGAGACCGUGAAGAUGCGGUACCUGAUGCCUUCAGUCUAACAAAGUACCUGGAAUAUGCCAAGGACUUCAAGGUCUGGCUAUUUGCCAUGAUUUUCUUGGUGACGAACGUGGUCAAUUAUUCCAUUCUAUACUUCCUGCCAAUCAUUCUCCGGGAUGGCAUGGGUUUCAGCACAGCCGCAGCUCAAUGUCUUGUCACUCCUCCAUAUGCAUUUACCGCCCUCUGGAUGUACGCUACCGCUCAUAUUGCUGAUCGUUACAAGAUGAGAGCACCGGUCAUCGUCUUCAACUGCGCUGCUUGCAUCAUAGGCCUCCCAAUCAUGAGUCUGGCAAAGACAAGUGGAGUCCGAUAUUUUGGCAUCUUUCUCGUCACCGCCGGGUCCAACUCGAACACACCGGCUUCUGUGGCUUACCAAGCAAACAAUAUUCGUGGCGUGUGGAAGAGAGCUUUUUCAAGUGCCACACUCAUUGCUUUCGGUGGUAUUGGUGGCAUUAUCGCAAGCACCGCUUACCGGGCUCAAGAUGCGCCCGGCUAUCGUCCCGGAAUUUGGACUUCCUUUUCACUCAAUUGCCUAAACAUUUGCAUCGUUGGAAUUCUGACAGUCUACUUCCGGCACUGCAAUAGAAAGGCCGAUGAGGGCAAAAUGGUCCUUGAAGGUCUGCAGUCGUUCAGGUAUACAAUCUAA